UUUAGGAGAUGGUCAAGUCCUCAUGUGGUCGGCAGUGAGGGCAAACUUGGUAAGGUCAAAUUCGAUUGUGUCGUCGUAGGUUUCAUUUUCUGCCCAGUUACUUAUUAUAUAGGUACCCCCGCCCUUUUUCUUCAGUUUUGUGCUCUUGCACAAAAUUCACUUGGGCCUACCCUAAAAUCGACAUUUUAUAUGGAAUACAUACAGUAUAACUGCAAGUAAACUUUUUAUUUAUUCGUUCAAGAUACUGUCUAAGAUGAAUUAGUUGUUUUAUUGUGAAUUAUAAAUGAAACGAUGGAUUUAUAAAGCCCUUGUCCUCCCAAGUUAGCGGUAGAAAUCAAUCGUGGCCGCCCAUCUGCCGGCAGCACUUGGACACAGUUUUCUAACAAUAGCAAAACCAAUGUGCUAGUCUUUUGAUUACGGUGAAACUUGGCAGUAAUCAAGAAAAAUACUUAAGCGAUCACUUCUAUAUGUUUAGAAAAUACAACCUACUCACCAUUGAUGGUAGCAGAAGUCGGAAGAUGAGAAUCUACUUCAUAAACAAUUUUUUUUUCCACUUCCCGUUGUCACAUCGCAAAAAUUCGAGAACCACAAGAUUACUGAGAAUACUGACUAUGUCAUCAGUAUUUGUGUACUGGGGAAAUCCGCACGGGAAUCAAUAAUGUAGAAAGCAAAGACCAAAACGCGACGCAUGAGUAGCCAUCGCAGGCCGCUAGCGGUAGGCAGAAACAAUACAAGCGCUAUGCAGGUCAUUGUAGCAUAACUACAUUCUAGCAGCCCGAUUCAACGGUUCAGUUUAUUAAGUGCUGGGUUUGAGGUUAUGUUUGAUCAUUUGUGGCCCCAUAUCCAUUCUAGAUCACGGCUCAACGUAUGAGUGUUUCAUUAUCUUUUGGUUUAGUUAUUUUUUGCUUGACUGUUUAUUGGAUUUUGUGUGUUUUGUUGUUGUUUAUUGGGCAUCACCAGGGGAUAUUGCAGGGGAAAUUUUUGUCUUUGCUUCUAUCAUAUUCUGGGAAACAGGAAUGGAAGCUUAAACUUCUCAUUGGAGGAGAGGUCUGUUCAUUUUGUGUUCAUAUCGGUGAGUCGGUUUGCCACAGCUGCUGGCACCUUGUUAAAAAACAAUGAUUAUAAAUCCCAGUUUCUGCACCAAUUAGAGGAUUUUUUUGGACUUUAAUUUAGGCUCGGUUGAUGACCCCAGAAUUUUGUGGGAUGCCGUCAAAGGAUUUAUAUGCAGCAACGCCACGCGCUUCGCCUCAAAUUUGCAUAAGGCUAGAACAGCUAAAUUACAAACUCUGGAAGCUGACUUGGCCAGAAUAGAUUUGACCUUACAAAGUAACUACUCCCAACAGAUUGAAUUACAACAUGACAUCAUUAAAAAAUAAAUAAUAUUUUAAAGUAACAGUCAGAAUUCCUAAUACAUAGGUCUAAGCAGCGUUACUGUUUUCAAGGGUCUAAACCCAGUCACCUUCUAGCCUCCAAAAUCAGGACAAAUGAAUACUUUGCUGACAUCCCUUCUAUCAGGUCCGUGGCGGGCAAAAUUGUAACUGAACCAAAGCAGGUGAAUGAGACCUUUCGCACGUUUUACUCUAACUUAUACCAAUCAGAGAUACAGUUAGAUAGAGAUACCGUAGAGGUCACAAUUUCCUUGAUCAGCUAGAUCUACCACAGAUGGCAGCAACUGAUUCUAUGCAACUUAACGCACCCAUAUCGCUGGAAGAGUUUAAGUCAGCGGCUCUCGACAUGCAAAGAAAUAAAUCACCAGGGUUUGAUGGAAUACCACCCGAAGUAGACGUGGAAUUCUGGGACAAGCUAGGCCCGCUACUUCUAGACAUGAUAAUGGCAUCUAUAGACAAAGCAGUUUUUCAAGUGACGUCAAUAUAGCCCUGAUAUCUUUACUCUUAAAGAAAGACAAGGACCCUGUAGACUGCAAUAGUUAUAGACCACUCAGUUUAUUAAAUGCAGAUCUUAAAAUAUAUGCAAAUGUGCUGGCUCGAUGCAUUCAGAAUCACAUGCCGACAUUAGUCAGCUGCGAUCAAACUGGAUUUAUAAAGUCUAGGCUAGCUGCGGAUGAUGUCAGACGACUCCUGCAUAUAAUGCUGCAGUAGACAAAACAGCCCCAGCUGCAGUUCUAUCCCUUGACGCUAUGAAAGCCUUUGACGGGCUGGAGUGGUCCUUUCUGUGGGUGGUAAUAGAAAAAAAUGGGUUUUGGUGGAAACUUUAUUCAUAUGAUUAAGGUUCUGUACUUAAAUCCAUCAGCCCUGGUACUCACUGGCCAACUAGCCUCUGCACUCUUUCCAGUCACUAGAUCAUCUCGACAGGGCUGUCCCCCGAGUCCAGCACUUUUUGCACUUUCUUUUGAGCCACUUGCUCAGCUGAUUCGUCAGUCUUCCAAUGUGCAUCCUAUUUCAGUUCGCGACACUCACACGGAUGUGAAAUCUCCGCGUUUCCGCGGAAAUCCGCGUUUUUCAAAUUGCCUUUCCGCGUAAAAAAAUCGUUUUCCGCGUUUUCUAAAAUUUAAAAUAUAUAUAUUCGGUAAAGUCUGGCGCGAAACUUUUCCGGAUUUUACUAAGCGGAAGUGACGAAAGCUCCUUACAGCGAUCUGAUCAUUAUCGCUGUGUGGAGAGGAGUCGCUAUUGUACAUGCACUGCUACGAGCAGACCUGCCAACCUUUACGCAUUUUGCGUAGCAGAUACGCAUUUAGACAUCAAUCUACGCUGCUACGAUUUAACACUUCAAAAUACGCAAAAAGCCAUUGAUGGCUUUGAGUUCAAAGUAGAGCCCUGCACUCCCGCGGGACCCAACGCAAAGCAGUGCGGCGCGGGGCAAAUUUUGAAAGCUCAUUUCGGGCGGGAGGGGGAGGUGAUAAGCUGCAGUCCCGCUAACUAAAAACGUGUUUAAAAUAAAAUUUAUAAAUUAUUAAUUUAUGUCUAUCAUAUAUAAUUUGUGCUGGAUAUUUUAUUUGGCAUUAAUAAAAACAUUUUAAGAUGCCUAAAUUUGCGGAUGUGGUCUAAUCUCGCGUACGUUUCCGAUUCCUUUCCGCUCUUCCGUGUUUGAGAUCUCCGAUCGUGGCAGAAGAGCAGAGCUCCUCUAGUGAAGCUCACAGUGCUUCAGAAGUGCUGCUUUAAAAAGAAAGUGGGAGUGCGAGUGCGCAAAGUGAGAGCUGUCAAUCAAAGUGAGAGCUGUCAAUCAUGAGCGCAUGCAGCGCUCAACUUGGAAUGUGUCAGCAGAAUGUCAGAGUCUAAACAAUAAACUUACAAUAAACCUAACAAUGCCACCUAUAAAUACACAACAUGUAGAUCUACAUAACGUUAUCUGUGCCAUCUCACAGCAGUUUGCUUAGCUAUUUUUAAUCAGGGCAAAUAGCCUUAUAGCCAAAACUAGUAUAUGAUGCUUUAAUUUAUGGAGAUGCCUUUUGUUUACACGUGAUUUCCAAAUGAGGGGUAUUGCAAUUUUAUAUUAGUCUAAAUGAACAUCUACACCAAGUUGCAAGCAUCAGGGGAAGAUUAUGGACGCACCAAAUUUGGCUUAACGGUCAUUUAAUGGUGAAAUGCCGUUCGCACUGUCAGCCAACUUCGGGUUGUUUCUCUGAAUUCCGACAAUAAACGAGACCAUCCGAACACAUCUGAAAACAUCGUGGUUUGAACUGUGUUGGUUCAAAUCAACUUGGUUCAGACCAAGUUGGUACUACAGCUUUGGGAAACAGUCGUUUUUUGGAUGUUAGUUAGUUCAAACUUGCAUCGUACCAUAUUGGUUUAAUGCUAACUUGGUUGGUUGUUUGGGAAACGCAGCCCUGAACGCGAGCUGUAGAUAUUUAUACUCAAAUCCACUCAAAGUAGGGGGCGGGGCACCAUCACGCUGUGUCUUUAAAUUAUAUUAAUUUCUUAUAGGCCUACUUGUAUUUCCUAGAAUGUAAAUGUGAGGAGUGACAUAUAAGCUAUGUACAAUAUUGUUAAUAUCCACUGUAGAUGUUGGUAGGAGUGUUGGGUAUCUCUGUAAAGCCUCAGCUGCGCAUGCCGCCUGGCAACGCGCACCCUCGCUACGUGCGCUAGGUGAAGGAUCGGUCAGUGAAGAGCUCAGCUAAGCUCAGCAUGUUUAAUUCCCCAAGCCAAUGACAAGAACUUUCGUGAGAAAUAACGCGAACGUCUGCAUCAUGCGGGAUUUGGGAGCGGGACAAAAUAUGGCAGGUGGGAGCGGGACUGAAAAUCAUAAUUCUUUGCGGGAGCGGGACUGAAAAUUCUGUCCAGCGCAGACCUCUAGAAAGAUCUUUAAUAUUCCGGUUCAGCUGUCUGUGCAUUCGCGCACUAGGCAACUCGUCUAUGGGUGUAACCGCAUUGACCAGCAACCUGUAGAGAAAAGAAGACUUCGACCAAUCACAGCGCUAGUUUUAAACUCUUCAAAUAGGCCUAGGCUAUGAGGCUAAGCGGAGAGCCGAGGAGCCGUUAAAACGAAAGUAACGACAUUGAUUUUCAUCCCUCUCGGUCGAUCUUCAUACUGUGACUGGUUUUACAAGGGAGGACGGUGCUAAACACCGUUUUGAAGGUAAAUGGGCAGGGCAAGGGUAUUGUGAAUAAAGCAAGGACAACCCACAGUGUUCCGCCUUAUCUGAAGGAAAUAUUUGUUCCAGCUUGUUUUGAUAUUUGACCCAGGCUUCUCAAUCCAAAAAAUAUUGCAUAGCCUAAAGUGAAAAUGUAGUAGCCUACUGACGUUUCCAUCCAGUCAACCUAUAGACGCGUUAAAAUCUUCUGAACUAGGCUACUCGUGCAUGUGAGAGUCAAUGAGCAGCGCACGAAGUGUUUUCACGUAAGUGCGUGUAGUGGAUGAUGUGUGUUUUGUGUAUGCGCGUGCCUUGCAGUUAAUAAUACACAUGACGUCAGAUGAGGAUACUGACAGAGAGAGGUUAGCAAAUCUAAAAAGAAGCGAGUCUGUGCCCCUCAGAAGUUCCUAACGAAGUAUCAAGAUCAAUGGCCAUGCCUCCGCCCCCUAAACUGCCUAAUCAUGCGUUUUGCACAGUGUGCAAUUAUGAUUUUGACAUUAGCCAUCAAGGAAAUACAGGUAAUAAUAUUGCUAACAUAGAAAUGCUUGCAUUUAUAUACAUAGGCCAUUAGUUUUUUCCAAAUUAGGCCAGGUCAGUGAAUAUUAUAAAGGCUAUGUUAUUGGAUAGGCCAGAGUAGCCUAUAAUUUAUUUUCAGUAAGUUUUUCUGUAAGUGUAGUUAUCAGUUUGCAUUUACUAAAUAUUAAUAUUGAAAAAAAUAUAUUUAUAUAGGUACUCUGGAAUAUUCACUUUCGAUGUUUAGUGUAGCGAGGAGCAACAGAAUCUCUUUUAUGGUCAAAACUAAAUUUAUGAAAAAAGGAUUGUGUGUGUGUGUGUUUUGCAGACUGCCGGCGUCUGUUUUAAAAGACAUAGGCUAUAGCCCUUUGGUUUUUCUGUUAUCUAUACAAUAUAAUGCUAAAUGUCAAAAGGGACAUAGCAUGAUUUGGAAUUCUUUGUUGUUUAUAAUUCCCAAUGUAUUUAAGACACAAUAUGCCAAAGGCAGUACAUUUAUCCCUUAUCUUUAAGUUUAAGGUCUGUAUAAAGGACAUAUUUUUGGGGCACAGUUGCCUUGUGCCAAAUGUCUUGGUGAAAGCAUUGGAAAUAUAUUCAUGCCUUUUCAUUAAGAGUUCUUGUUUUCUUCAUAGUCUGCUUGUAUGUUGAAUAACUAGAUAUGGUGGUGAGUGGGAACUCUGUGCUUAGUAAUACAUUGUUCACAUGCUCCCUCAUUACAAUCAAUACUGAUCAGCAAAUGUGCCUGACCUCACGCCGUGCUGCGCUGCACCGCCACGAUAAGUUGCUACUCAAAAUUUUUUUCCAAGGUUGGCAGGUAUGUACGAGUAUGAAUGAAAAUGGCGGCGUUGUCUGUGAAGUCCGAUGUCACGAAAAUAGAUUCUGGCAUUGAAAAUAAGUGGCGUUGGGACUGGUUAGAGCGCAAAGCUCCCGAUGGAAGUGUUUUUAGUUUGGUUUUUGAAAAACUCAACAAGAAAGGAAUCGCACGUUGCAAAUUGUGUUGCUGUGAACUGAACUACGGACGGCGUGGAUUUGUGACUCUCAGUGGACACGUGAAAAGCGAAAAACACAGGAGUCGAGUUGAGAUUCAGAAGACUAACUAUGCAUUGCCAGGCUGUGAGCUGGUGAAGGCAGGGUUAGAGGCGGUGACUGGGUUCACAGGAGAGUCUGUAGUUCUGCCCUGCGUCUGCACUGACCUACAGGACAAACCAAAGUCUGUAAAAUGGGCGUUUACAAUAGAAUCUGGAACAAAUUAUCAGGAAAUUUACCCUGAACAGACUGGACAUCACAGGAACAGAGUCAAACUGGUCAGUAAAAUCCCUUCAGGAAACCUCUCUCUACUCAUAUCAGACCUGACUGAAGAGGAUCAGGGAGACUACAGCUGUUCUGUACAGGCUGAUCACAAAUAUUUCAGACUAUCUGUUAAAGUCAGAAGAGGGGAAACUUCAACACGCUCAAGCAAAACAGACACAACACCUCCAUCAGAACCAACAAUACUGGAACAAGAUAAACAGCAAACACACAGCAGCCUCCCUAUAGUUUUUGGCAUUCUGGCGGUUUUAUUGUUGGUGAUACCUGGUGUAGUGACAUUUAUUUGUUGGAGACGUAGAGGAGGAAGAUGUGGAGAAAACAGGAUGACUGAAGAACGUCCAGACUGGAAGAGAAAGCAGAAGGAUCAGACUGGACCAGAUGUUACUUACUCCACUGUAACCCACAUUAACACAGCUGGAGCAGCGCGGGUUCAGAUCAACGCUGGAGAGGAAACUGAAUACGCCAGCAUUAUAACAAACUAAUCCACAGCUGUGAGCUGGUGAAGGCAGGGUUAGAGGCGGUGACUGGGUUCACAGGAGAGUCUGUAGUUCUGCCCUGUGUCUGCACUGACCUACAGGACAAACCAAAGUCUGUAAAAUGGGAGUUUUACAGAAGAGAAUCUGGAACAAAUUAUCAGGAAAUUUACCCUGAACAGACUGGACAUCACAGGAACAGAUCAGUCAAACUGUUCAGUAAAAACCCUCCAGGAAACCUCUCUCUACUCAUACCAGACCUGACUGAAGAGGAUCAGGGAGAGUACAGAUGUUCUGCACAGGCUGAUCACAGAGAUAUCAGACUAUCUGUUAAAGUCAGAAGAAGAGAAACUUCAACACACUCAAGCAAAACAGACACAACACCUCCAUCAGAACCAACAACACUGGAACAAGAUAAACAGCAAACACACAGCAGCCUCCCUAUAGGUGCCAAAACUUUUCAUUUUAUUCAAUAAUGAAAAGGUAAAAAAAAAAACCAUCCCUAUUACGUUUAUUAACUUUGUUGUGUUUUAUGACAGUUUUUGGCAUUCUGGCGGUUUUAUUGUUGGUGAUACCUGGUGUAGUGACAUUUAUUUGUUGGAGACGUAGAGGUACACACACACACACACACACACACACAUGCAUACACGCUGAGAUUGAUUAACUGAAAGCCUUUUGAACCAGAAGCUAUCAAACCAGCAGCACUCCUGUAAGUCACUCUGGAUAAGGAAAACUAAAGGUUUUUUCUCUUUAGGAGGAAGAUGUGGAGAGAACAGGAUGACUGAAGAACGUCCAGACUGGAAGAGAAAGCAGAAGGAUCAGACUGGACCAGAUGUUACUUACUCCACUGUAACCCACAUUAACACAGCUGGAGCAGCGCGGGUUCAGAUCAACGCUGGAGAGAAAACUGAAUACGCCAGCAUUAUAACAAACUAAUCCACAGUAAAUAUCGAUCCAUUCUCAGAUAUUGUACAAUAAUGCUGAAAACGUAUAUUAAAUACACACAAGGUUCAAGCACCAGCUUCACAAUAUUGGCUGUUUUGUGAUUAUUAUUUUGCUGUUAGAAAUCAUAUUCACGGACAUGCCUGUGUGUGAUUUGGGGGAUGGGGGCGGGGUUUCCAGAGUAUUGCGUUACCUUUACUUAUGUUAGCUAAGUGUAUUCUUCGUUUGCAACCAUGUGACCAAAACUGCUUGCGUUAUUGACCACCGCCAUGUUGGAGGAUCUACAAUAUACACAUCGAUACACAGUGGUAAGACAUACAGUGGUAAGAGUACAGACUGGAAGGUAAAGAGGAGUUACAUUUCGAAGCGUGUAGUCAUUUCUCAAAUCUAUUUUAAAAACAAUAAUUUUGACUGCUUCAAAAGAUGGGUAUCUCACACACUAUAUAACAGAUUUAGUUAUAAAAGAGCACUCACCGGGCGAGGAGGCUGCACACUGCAAAAAAUGAUGUCUUAGCAUGUGAAAAUAUCUUGAAUAGUUGAAACGCUGUAGCAUUUCCUAUUAGAAGAAUACAAGACACCAAUUCUGGGAUUAUUAAACCUAGUUCUAGAUUGCAAUCAACUUAUUCUAAGAUGCCUUAUCAAGUAAAAAUAUCUGUCCAUGCAGCAAGAUAAUUUCACUAGUAUGAAGUAAUUUGCUCCUCAAAUUCAGUUUUCAAUUUUUUGCAGUGCAGUAUCUGAGGUAGUGGAUUAACAUGAAUCUUGUUCGAUUGACUCUGUGAUCGUUUGGGAAGAUUGUUCAAUAAUUUUGCAUUUCUUUCUGCACUCUGUAAGCCUAGCAUUUCGAGCUACCACUUUAGUACCAUCUUUGAUUUUGUUGUGGCUCAUAUUUUGUGUUGGAGCCCAGUCUGGAUCUGUAAAAUUGUAGAGAUCAGCUGGUUACCCUAAUGAAAAGAAAAAGUAAAAUAAAAGCAGCGUCAUCAAAAAUAUAGCUCUUUUUAAAAUGAAAUAAUCGUAGAAGCCUUUGAUUGUCGGCUCACGCACUCGAUGAUCACAGCUUUGUCACGUUUGACAGCGGCAAGUUUCUGCACGACCAGGCUAUUAAACGAUCCAAUAUUUCUUAUAUAUUGCAAUCUUUCAUUAAUAACUAGUUCGUAGCACUUACCAUUGAUAAAAUGUUCACUGCAGACUCAUGUGGCUUUUGCUUUCUCAUCACUUAGAUCAGCCCAGUUUAUGUUGGACAGCCAUUGACGUCUAUGCUCCGUGGAGAACUCUCCUGUUUUGUUUCCUUGAUUAUUUAAAAUUGCUGGAAUUCUAAAGAAUUUACAAGUCCUCUUGUCUCGAAUAGAGUUGUGCCUGCAUCCAAUUACAGCACAAAGAGUAGGCAUAGUGAAGAAACAAAAGGAAUUCUUGAGCGUAACAACCUCUCAAGCAUAUCUUCUAUCUUAAAUGUGCGCCACGUGAGUUUGUGUAUAUCCUCCAACAUGGCCCACUUCCGGUUCAAAGCCUCAUGCAUAAUUAGCUAUGACGUCACAUGCAAACGAAGAAUUGUUCUGUAUUGUCUCUGUCUGUUAAUCAUUUAAAAAUCGCUGAUGGACAAUCUUGCAAGUUAUGUUUUGAGUGUACAUGUCAUUUUAGAUCUUUUGUGUCCCAUUCUUAUAGCAGGUUAAGAAAUGAAAGUUCUAGAAGCAUAAUCCUGUUUUGUGUAAGAAGACUCCUAUACAUGUUCUGGUUUGUGACUUUCAUGGAAAGUUUGACGUCUCCUGACUUCAAAUCAAUCAAAUUUCAUGAAUUCUUCUUUCAGUCUUAAACUCCAGCAAAACUUUGUGUCUCUCCAACUUAUUUUUCCCAUCUGCAAAAUACUUUCAAAACUAUUGAAUACAGGUUCAAAAUGAAACAAAAUGAUAUUUCUGAAAGUGUGAAUCAGUGUGUAAAGACCUACCUGUUCACCGAGGACUUAAAUUAGCAAAUACUUGUAUUGUCUUUUUCAUGAGGAACGAACCUCUCAACACUGUGUUUAAUCUGAUGAGACCCUUAGUCCCUGUCCUAGUGAAAUAACAUGAGGAUGUGUUUUUGAGAGACUUCUGUAAGCACUUCUGUCGGUCAUUUACAUUUAUGGCCAAAUGCCAUUCAUGUAAAUGUUCGUGUGAAACUUUUUUUAGUCUUUUUUUUUUUUCAGUGUGCUUGAUCGAUACCUUACAUGCAUAGUGUGUCGAUGUACAGUAUGUGGCGAAUAUAUUUAUACUUUUUGUCACAUUCUUGGAAUUAAUAUGGUUUCAUGUGUUUUUGAACAUUCCCUCUGAAAUUUGUGUAUUUUUGUUUUAGUGGACUAUAUUCCAGUGUUUCUACAACCCCCAAUUCCAAAAAAGUUGGGACGCUGUCUGAAACCUCAAUAAAAAGAGAAUGUGAUGACCUGCAAGUCAUGGAAA